AUGGUGACGAGAGGACCACCUUCGUAUCGGGCGCGGGAGGCCCCGCUGGCCGCAGCUACACUGGCGGAGGCAGAGGAGAAGAAGGAUGCUGCCCAGACUGGGGUCGCGCCCAUCCCGGACGAGGUGCAAGUUGGGGGAAGCCCCCUGUAUGUAGUCGAGCGAAAGCUGGGCAAGGGUGGCUUUGGCCAGGUGUACCUGGGCAGGAGGACGCCCCCCUCCAAAGACCCUGAGCUGACGGGAGUGAACCAGGUAGCCCUGAAACUGGAGCAUCGCAGCAGCAAGGGUUGUAACUAUGGCCCGCCCUACGAGUGGUCUGUCUAUGGGGCACUGGGGGACGUGGAGGGCGUGCCCAAGGUCCACUUCAAGGGGCGGCAGGGCGACUACUACAUCAUGGUCAUGGACAUGCUGGGCCCCAGUCUGUGGGACCUGUGGAACGGACAGGGCCAGGCCAUGUCGCAGGAGAUGGUGGCCUGCAUCGCGCUGGAGGCCAUCGCCAUCCUGGAGCGGCUGCAUGAGAAGGGCUAUGUACACGGCGACGUGAAGCCCGAGAACUUUCUCAUGGGCCUGGCGGGGACGCCGGUGGAGAAGAAGCUCUUCCUCGUCGACCUUGGGCUUGCGACCCGCUGGCGCGGCUCCGUCUGCGGUACCCAUGUGGAGUACGACCAGCGCCCCGACGUCUUCCGCGGCACGGUGCGGUAUGCCAGCGUGCACGCGCACCUGGGCCGCACCGCCAGCCGCCGCGACGACCUCGAGUCCCUGGCCUACACCCUGCUCUUCCUGCUGCGCGGGCGCCUGCCCUGGCAGGGGUACCAGGGCGAGAACAAGGGCUUCAUGGUGUGCCGCAAGAAGAUGAGCACCUCGCCCGAGGCGCUGAGCCGCUACGCGCCCGCGCCCUUCCGCGUGUUCACCGAGACGGUGAUCAACCUGCGCUUCGACGAGUGGGUGACGGUGUACAACGCCCACCGGCCCAUGAAGCAGCGCUACCACUACAAUGUGGCCGACAACCGGGUGCGCCAGCACAUCGACAAGGGUGUGGAGGACGGGCUGGCCAUCUCCACCGUGGCCUGCUGCCAGGACCUGUGGGCGCUGAUCAUGGACGCGGGGGGCGGCUUCAUCGCGCAGGUCUAUGAGCUGAACCCCGUCUUCCUGCCUAAGGACUGGAUCAUGGAGCGGUGGGAGGAGGGGUACUACAUCACCACCAUGGCAGGCUCGGUGGGCGGCAGCUCGCUGGUGGUGAUGAGCAAGGGCACGGCCUACACGCAGCAGUCGUACAAGGUCUCCGACUCCUUCCCCUUCAAGUGGAUCAACAAGAAGUGGAAGGAGGGGUUCUUCGUCACUGCCAUGGCCAGCGCCGGGUCACGCUGGGCGGUGGUCAUGUCGCGCAACGCCGGUUUCGUGGACCAGGUGGUGGAGCUGGACUUCCAGUACUCCUCCGAGGGCAUCCACCGGCGCUGGGACGCGGGGUACCGCAUCACCGCCGCCGCGGCCACCUGCGACCAGGCCGCCUUUGUGCUCUCCGUGCCCAAGCGCCGGCCGGUGGACGAGACGCAGGAGACGCUGCGCACCUCCGCCUUCCCCUCCUCCCAUGUCAAAGAAAAGUGGGCAAAGAACCUGUACAUCUCUGGCGUGGCAUACGGACGCACAGUGAGCUAG